CAUUUCUUUAUCUCCCGUCUCUUAUUGGAGCCGAUCUCGCGCUCCGGGGCGGCGGAGGGAAGAGACUAGAGCGCGAGCGAUAGAGCGCGAGCGAGCGAGCGAGCGAGCGAGGAGACCGACGUCGAUCGAGGGAGAGGAUCGGGAUUGGGGAGCGAGCGAUGGGGGACGCCUAUUGCCCGGACUGCAAGCGGGGGACGGAGGUGGUGUUCGACCACUCGGCGGGGGACACGGUGUGCUCCGAGUGCGGGCUGGUGCUGGAGGCGCACUCCAUCGACGAGACCUCCGAGUGGCGGACCUUCGCCAACGAGUCCGGGGACAACGACCCCGUCCGUGUCGGCGGGCCCACCAACCCCCUCCUCGCCGACGGCGGCCUUUCCACUGUCAUCUCCAAGCCCAACGGCGCCCAGGGAGAGUUCCUCUCCUCCUCCCUCGGUCGCUGGCAGAACCGCGGAUCCAACCCCGACCGAUCCCUAAUCCUCGCCUUCAAGACCAUCGCCACCAUGGCCGAUAGGUUGGGUCUUGUUGCCACUAUCAAGGAUCGAGCCAAUGAGAUAUAUAAAAAAGUUGAAGAUCUGAAAUCUGUUAGAGGGCGCAAUCAAGAUGCAAUUUUAGCGGCUUGUCUAUACAUAGCUUGUCGGCAGGAGGACAAGCCUCGUACUGUAAAGGAGAUCUGUUCUGUUGCCAAUGGAGCUACGAAAAAGGAAAUAGGUCGGGCUAAAGAGUUCAUUGUGAAACAGCUUGAAAUUGAGAUGGGGCAAUCUAUGGAGAUGGGAACAAUUCAUGCAGGAGAUUUUUUGAGACGAUUCUGUUCACAUCUUGGCAUGACAAACCAAGCAGUUAAAGCGGCUCAAGAAGCAGUUCAAAAGUCAGAAGAACUUGACAUUAGGAGGAGCCCUAUAUCAAUUGCAGCAGCUGUCAUUUAUAUGAUAACUCAGUUAUCUGAUGACAAGAAACCCGUCAAAGAUAUAUCCCUGGCAACUGGAGUGGCAGAAGGCACCAUCAAGAACUCCUACAAAGAUCUUUAUCCUUAUGCUUCAAGGAUCAUUCCUACCUUCUUUUCCAAGGAGGAGGAUCUUAAGAACCUUUGCAGCCCCUAACUUAUUCUUAGAUCCCUACCUUCUUUUCAGCUCAUGACUAAACAUCCAAAGGAGUAGAGAGAACUUUUAGACUGAACUGCUGAGAGGGAUGCUGCAUUAAGCUAAAGAUGGCCUGAUUUGUGAUUAGCAUUCAAUGUUGUUGCAAAUUCGAUCUGCUCGUGUUCAUUUUUCUCUUCCGAGAGAGACCUCUGUUUUAAUUUAGAUGGAACAUAAUUAGAGUUUUAGUGAGUUACUUAAGGAGUCAUUAAGCAAAAGGCUCUUGCUUCCGAAUUCUUGCCCGUGCAAUUUGCGACGGACGCUUAUCAAGUACUGAAUCGAAUUAUGUAUGGGAACCAGUGUAAUAUAAUUUGCCAGUUUCUCUUGCA